CACCAUUCUCUUUCUAAAACAAAGUUUUCCCCACUAUUAUUUUUUCUCACUAUUCUCUUUCUUUAUCAAUUAGCAAUAACAAAUUAACAAUGGCAAUCAAAGUUCAUGGCCCUGUUAUGUCACCUGCUGUAAUGAGAGUCGUUGCUACCCUCAAAGAAAAGGAGCUUGAUUUUGAGCUUCUUCCAGUUAAUAUGCAAACUGGUGAUCACAAAAAAGAACCUUUUAUUUCUCUCAAUCCAUUUGGUCAAGUUCCAGCUUUUGAAGAUGGAGAUCUCAAGCUUUUUGAGUCAAGAGCCAUUACCCAAUACAUAGCACACACAUAUGCAGACAAAGGAAACCAACUAUUAGCCAAUGAGCCCAAAAAAAUGGCAAUAAUGUCAGUAUGGAUGGAAGUAGAAUCAACAAAAUUUGACCCUAUUGCUUCAAAGUUAAGCUUUGAGUUAGUUGUUAAGCCAAUGUUGGGAAUGGUAACAGAUGAUGCAGCAGUUACAGAGAAUGAAGAAAAAUUGGGCAAAAUUCUUGAUGUGUAUGAAUCAAGACUUAAAGAUUCAAAAUAUUUGGGUGGUGAGAGUUUUACACUUGCAGAUUUGCACCAUGCCCCUGUUGUGCAUUAUUUAAUGGGGACUAAAGUUAAGAGUUUGUUUGAUGCUAGACCUCAUGUGAAGGAUUGGUGUGCUGAUAUUUUGGCUAGGCCUGCUUGGUCUAAGGCACUUGAGUUGCACAAACAGUAAAACUGAUUCCAGACUCGUUUGGGAUUGAGGCGUAAUAGUUGUUAUGGCCUAUGAAUCACCAGGUUAAUAAAAUUGGAACUGAUCCUAACAUGUCCUUUGGGAAUAAGGCGUAAUAGUAGUUGUUGUUGUUGGAAAACUCUUGUUAUUGUGUUUGGUUUGAGUGUUAUUGUACUGUAAACGUUUCGUUUUUUGAAGAAGAAAUCUCCCAUUUCAUCUGUUGUUUUUUGUUACAGUUAUGACUGUUGAAUUACAUGAAAUGACGACGUAUUUUUUUUUAA